AUGAGCUGCAAAACCUCGCGCAAAACGAAGGCUAGACUUCGGGGAGUCAAGAAGCUUCGCAAGCAAUCCCAGAAUACAGCACGUUACUUCAAACCGUUUCGGUUUUUGGACUUGCCCUCUGAGCUUCGCAACAAGGUCUAUGAAUUCGCUCUUAUCUGCUGCGAUGCUAUCUCAAUCGCCAGAAUCCUUCACAAGGAAGGAUGUACCAGUGGAAGAAAGCUCGCCAUCCUUCACCAUCGAAACUGUAGACUAGCGAGCCGAGACACGCAUCCCGUUGCCGAGCUCAUUCAGACUUGCAAAAAGAUUCGCCACGAGACGUCGUUCAUGUUGUACAACAGCAACGCCUUUGGAUUCGAGGAUGUUCCGACACUGAUACUAUGGCUCGAAACGAUUGGACCCGCAAACCGAACCGUCUUGCGGAGCCUUAUGAUUGAGGGGGACUGCUGCUACGGACAAGCCUCUAUAACAUCGUGGUUGGAUCCGUUGCAUAUAUACGACCCAAGCCCCUCGUUCCUGAUGGCUCCCUUCCGCGACCCAUACCGAGAAUUGACAGCCAGAAUCGGCGACCUUCUAUCAGAGUCGAUGCUUCUCGAAGCUCUGUGCUUGCCGUGCGGCUACAGCUUCUGGAGGCUUCCAGUUCUGACACUUCGGCGGCGCGAUCCAUAUCCAGUGCCCUGGCCAACCCAUAUUGCGCGCCGCAUCGCAGAGACUCUGUUCAAAGAUUUUCAAGGCUUUUUCGAGAAGCGCCUUCUAUUCGACGCAGACACGGAAAAGCUUUCCAACGUCAUCAUGGUCAAUGUCAUCUGCAGAAAAGACCGCAACAAAACGUGGAGUCCAGCGGUAAAGGAUGUCUUGACCAAGAUAGAGGAAGGGGCAGGACACUUAAACUUGUUACUCAGGCGCCUUCAACACAAACAAGUCGGAGGCAAGCCAUGA